AUGUCUCGUGACGUCAGUAAUGAAUUCGUGACGUCACUUAUGCUUGAUGUUCGUGACGUCACUAAUGACUCCAUUCGUGACGUUGCAUAUUGCACGCCGUGUAUUGCAGACUGUGUAUUACAGGCUGUGAAUUGUAGUCUGUGCAUUGCAGGCUAUGUAUUGCAGGCCGUAAAUUGCAGGCUGUGUAUUGCAAACCGUGUGCUGCAGGCUAUGUAUUGCAGGCUGUGUACUGUAGGCUGUGUACUGCAAGCCGCUAUGGAAGUUAGUCUGCGAAACGAGCCGGGUCCCGGGAGGCCACCAACGGCGAGUGCGACCGCUUCGGCAGCGACCCCGUGGCCUCGGCGCCGCGACGCACCACGCGCUACCAGGAGGCCGUCAGCGAGGGCCACGAGGGGGGCGUCGACCCCCCGCGCCACGCCCCCAAGACGAGGGACAGCCGUCGCUCCGGUAGGAACUCCAGCAGGGCCGCUGCUGCUGCUGCUGCCGCUGCCGCCGCUGCUGCUGCCCGCCUCCGAGAAGUCCCCGAAGAACAACAACCACCUGAAGGACCUGAAGGAGGACCCCGAGCUCAAGUGGAGCCAGGAGAACCGCCUGAAGCUGGAGGGCGAGUACGUCUCCGAGGGCCAGACGCUGCUGGAGCCCAUGGUGAAGAGCGAGACCACCCACGAGGAGGAGCGCCGCGAGAAGAAGGCCAAGGUCAAGCUAAAACACAAGAUGGCGGCGAAGGAAGACGCGACGACCGGCACCUCCGUACAAAACAACAUCCGGCCCCUCGAGGUCGACGCCCAAGUACAAGAUCUGGAUGUGAACCAGCAGCUGCAGCAGCACCAUCACCAGCAACAACAGCAGCAGCAGCAGCAUCAACAGCAACAACAACACCAACUGCAGCAACAUCAACUGCAGCCUCCACAGCAACAACAGCUGAUACAGCUACAACCUUCACCACCGCAGCAACAAAUACAGCUGCAACAGUCGCAACUCCAAGCACAGCAACUACAGCAACAACAGCUACAACAACAACUCUUGGUGGAAGAGGUCGACUGCCACACAAACCCGGACAUGGAGGACAAGAAGAAGAAAAGAGAAGACAGGAGAGACGAGAAGAGGAAGAAGAAGCUGAAGCAUUUGGAGGAAGAAAACCUGUCAAA